CCCCACCGCAUUUAUGGAGAAAAAGUAGCCAGUGUGAGUCAGUUCCACUGAAACGAGCAGAACAUCUUUUACAAAGGUGGUCAAAUGAACAACCAUGAAAACAGGCUUUUACUCUUCUGUUUCUAGAAAACUUAAAGAACAAGAGACCGACAUUCAAACUGAGCUGGAAAAGAACAUUUGGACAAACGGCGAUUGUGAGAGUGGAUGAGUCGGCUUCUUAAGCCUAUGAGCUUUGAAACCACAGCAAUUACUUUCAUCAUCAUCCUACUAAUUUGCUUCAUUUGCAUCCUCCUUUUACUGAUGCUGUUUUUAUAUAGAUGUUUCCAAAGCAAGGAAGAUGAGGAGAUAGAAAGAGGUACUUAUGAAGAUGGUUUAACUGCUAAUGUGAAGACACACAACUCAGGAGACCAAGAAAAGACUCUCGUAAAGCAAAUCAUACGGCCCGGCAUUCUUGUCCAGAGACAGAGUAAAGAAAUGGUGGCCACCCUCCUAGAAAACAAAGAGGGCAACGAGGCCAAAGCGGAGAACGAAGUAAAAGAGAACCAUGAUGAUAAGAAUGCUAAAGAAAAUGGGCAAGAGGAUGAUUCAGAAAAACCACACAUACCUGUCAGUGGAGCCCCUUCAGUUACUGAUCACAACAAAAGACCUUUAAAAGGAGUGACAUUUUCUAGGGAGGUAAUUGUUGUGGACCUUGGGAAGCAAUACCCUACACCUCAAAGCUAUAUUCAAGAACAUAAAGAGAGAAAAUGAAGCUGAGAAAAGGCUGAGAGUGAAAGAGAUAUAACCUUAGACUAACAAGGAGAUGACAGGGGCGCAAAAUUGUGUUGAAAUAGCAAAAGAAUAGGGAAUUAAGCAAAUGCAAAUAGUAUUUUGCCUUUGUGCAGAAAUAAGUGGGCUAUAUGCAAAAUUCUGUAAAAUAAAAUACCGACAGCUUGACUACUAUUUUUUAAAACUCAAAUCUGAGUUCACAAAAUUGAUUGUAUUAAGUGUCCUUAAAAUUCAGUCUAUUCACUGUUGAACAUGUGAAUAAAGUUAUUUGUGUUUGUGCAGAUGUCUGUUAGGUAUGUGAUAUUCAAG